GAUUGCUUAUCUCAUUCCCUGCUAUUCGCAAGCUUCUAAAAGAUACAAAUAAUUCCAUCUAUUUAUAUUAAGAGAAUAAAAUAUAUAUAAAAAAUUUAUAUAGUUCUUAAAGAAAGUACUAUUUUUUUUUAUUUAUAUAUAAAAAUUGUACAAUAAUAUACGUGUAAAUCAGAUAUCGAAACACACACUACAAAUUUUUGUAUACAGAGAAGAAACUUCUGAUCUUGUUCCCUCCUUCUCUCUCUUUUCUCCCAUUGCCUUCUUCCUCAGGAUGGGUGAAUUUAUGUUGUUGAAAUUUCAUGUUUUUUAUGGUGGGGAAGUUUUGUAUUUUGAGAUGUGAAAAUUAGGGCUAGGAGAUUCUUGUUUCUUUGCUGUUUUUUUUUUUGGUUUGUUUUUGGGGGAAUUUAUUUUGAAUGGGUAAUAAGUUGGGAAGGAGGAAGCAAGUGGUGGAUGAUAAGUACACUAGGCCUCAGGGGUUGUACCAGCAUAAGGAUGUGGAUAUUAAGAAGCUUCGAAAACUCAUUCUUGAUUCCAAGCUUGCUCCUUGCUACCCUGGUGAUGAUGAUUGUCCCAAUGCUGACCUUGAGGAAUGCCCCAUUUGCUUCUUGUAUUAUCCAAGUUUAAACCGUUCAAGAUGUUGCAUGAAAGGCAUUUGUACAGAGUGUUUUUUGCAGAUGAAGACUCCCAAUUCAACCCGUCCAACACAAUGCCCAUUUUGUAAAACUUCAAACUAUGCGGUGGAAUAUCGUGGGGUAAAAACGAAGGAAGAGAAAGGGAUAGAGCAAAUUGAGGAACAACGAGUAAUAGAAGCCAAAAUAAGGAUGAGACAGCAGGAGCUGCAGGACGAUGAAGAGAAAAUGCAUAAACGAAGAGAGCUUAGUUCUUCCAGUAGUAUUGCUGGUCCAAGUGAGAUUGAGUAUUGCUCGACAGCAGCACCAUCUUUUGCUUCUGCUGUAGAAGGUGGAGAAGUUGUUACUUCUCAAGAGACAUGUGCAGCUCCAACAACUAGACAACCUCAACGCAUGAGACAGAAUAGGGAGGAUGAUUUUGACUUGGAUCUUGAGGAUAUCAUGGUUAUGGAAGCCAUAUGGUUAUCCAUUCAGGAGAAUGGCAGAAAUCGAAGUAUGGACUAUAGUGAUGUUGGUCCAUCAGAACAAUAUACAGAAGAAGAUCAUCGAUGUGUCCCAGCAGUCAAUCCCGCAGCUUCUGGCUCAUCUUCCUCUCCUUCUGGUGGUCUUGCUUGUGCAAUUGCAGCCCUUGCUGAGCGCCAGCAAAUGAGUGGAGAGUCCAGUAGCUACAGUCGGAACAUGUCAUCAUCGUACAAUGAGCAUCCUUCAUGUGAUAGGUUUCCCAAUAGGGAGGAGCUAGAGAAUGAUGAUUACCCUCAUGCUGAGGGCACCAUGCACGUGUCACCUGAAAGCCAUUUGGAAAUACCAAGGGAGGACGGUGAAUGGGCAGAUCAUGGUUCCAUGGUAGCCGAAGUUGGUACUAGUUAUGCAGUCUCUGACGAAAUGGAAGAUGAUGCCUCAUUCCCUCUGCAGGGUGAAAUGGUAAGUGAUCUUCAACCCACCACCAGUUCAAUCGUUCCUGAGAAUUUUGAAGAGCAGAUGAUGUUAGCUAUGGCUGUUUCACUGGCUGAGGCAAGUGCGCGGUCUAGUCCACCUGGGGUGGCCUGGCACUAGUAGUGCUAGAUGAUGUGGGGUUGUGAGGAUUCCACUCGUGUUUCAUCGCCACUCAACCCAAAGAAAAAGCAAAAAAGAAAAUGCAACUACUUUUUUUCCCUUCCCUUCCCUUCUCCUCUACCUUUUUCCAUCUCACUUUUCAUCCCUUUCGUAUUUCGGUAUACUGUUGUACGAAAACAGAGAAAUUGAUUCUAGUGAAUGAAAUGUUGCUUGAGCCCUGCAUAUAUCAAGUUUUGCAAGUUAA